AUGAACACAGAGCUAAGACGCGCGUGUAUAGUCGGCGGCAACGCCAUCUCGGCGUUUCUAUCCUGGAGGCUUCAAGCGACCAAUGCCUGCGAUGUGACUCUGGUGUGGAAGGCCAACUAUCAACAGGUUGCUCAAUACGGCAUAUCAUUCAAAUCAUCCAAGUUCGGCAACGAGCGUUUCAAGCCUCGAUAUGUCGUCCAAAAUCCCGAUGACGCGGCGCAGCAAAAUGUUGCCUUCGACUAUGUCAUUCUUUGCGUCAAAGCCCUGCCCGAUGUGUACAACCUCGCCGACAUCAUCCAGUCAGUGGUAACUAAGCAGCAUACGUGCAUCCUCGUUAAUACUACAAACACACUGGGAGUCGAGAAAGAGCUGGAGAAACGAUUCCCAACCAACGUUGUUCUCUCCCUCGUUUCGGGCGCGGAGCUGACCCAGCUCGGGUCAAGCGAGUUUGAGCAUAGUGGCUCGACCGAUCUCUGGGUUGGACCCGCCAACAUCAACUCAGAGAUUCCUGAAGCUAUUCAACAAGACAUGUCCGAGGCACUAGCAAUGACUUUGACAACUGGCCAGGUAGACUGCCAAGUUUCGAACAACAUACGGCAACAGCAGUUUGAACGCAUGGUUGGUCCUAUUGCCUUCCAUCCAGCGAGCGUACUCUUCGACACACCAAGCCAUACCGAACUCCUGCAUAAACUCGGCGUCCGAGAAAUGAUCGAGGACAUCAUCCAAGAACUCAUGGCCCUCGCUGCCGUCCACAAAUGCACCUUCCCAACAGACUUUGCUAGCAAAACGAUACAAGCAAUGGUCUCCGUGAAAGAGCCAAGCACAAUGUAUCAGGAUUUUACCGCACGUAGACCUAUGGAGGUCGAGACGUAUUUGGGAGCUCCGGUCCACCUGGCGAGAGUCGCAAAUGUCAAAGUUCCGAGACUUGAGACAUUGUACACUCUAUUACGGCACGUCAACACGACGAACAAAGACAGGCCAGUAGCUGCAGCUGCGCCUGCGCCGGCACAUGCUGCACCACAACAGAACGGUCUACCUCCCGCCCAGACCGUGGAGCGUCCUCCUAGAACAGCAUCGAUGCAACCGCCUCCCAGGCAGCAUAACGCACCGAUGCCGGGACCAGGACCGAGAGGAAGAGGUCCCAUGGGACCACCAGGUCGGCGUGGCCCCCCUCCAGUGAAUGGUUAUCGCGGGCCCCCUCCGAAUGGCAUGCAGCGCCGACCUUCAUUCGAUGAUAACAACAAUCUUGACGAGUUCCAGCACGUUGUGCUCUACGAUGACUUGCCUGAUGGAGACUUCGCAGAAGGUGGCGCCCCGGGAUUGUCGGUCAAAGAGCGAGAGUUGAUGCUGCGUGAAAGGGAGUUGCACCUCAGACAACAAGAGAUGGCGAUGCGGAGAGGCGGGCCACGCAGAGCUCCGCGCAAUCACCACCAAGAUUUCGAUGAGGAUGACGAAGACGACGAUUUCGUUGACCCAAUGGUUCCGCGUCACCCACAGCCGCCGAUGGACGACAAUUUCGACAUGAUGAGUGUCACCUCUCGACGGACGAAGAGAAAUCCUGGUCCCGGCCAGAUGAGAAAAGACAUGUACAACGGUGGUCCUCCCAUGCGCGGUGGCUACAAUCCGCGACCGUACAUGAACCGCAACAGAACCAGUGCUCAGCUGAUGAGCGACAUGCCGAUGUCAACAGACAACAUUCUCGACAACGCUAUGAUGGGUUUCUCCUCGAACCGCUACGGUACAGUCGAUCGCAAAGAACUUCACAAUGAGUCCAGGACAAAUUCUUUGACGGCUGCUCGCCUACAAGAAAUGGGAGGCGUGAACGGUGGCCCUUUCCCCGGACCUCCGAGUCGUCGCACGAGUCGAUCGCCUGGGAAUCCAUUUGGCGGUCCGAUGGGGCGACCGCCUGGGAGACCGUCUCCACCUCAUGACCAAUAUGGCCCUCCACGAAACGGCAGACCCUCUCCUCCUGGUAUGAUGCAACCAGUGCCAAGGUACCCUCCCGGCCAAGGAAACGCAGUUCAUCCACAACAGGUCGAGCAACAAGUCGGGCUAGCAGCCGAUCACCAACCCACCAACAUUGACAUCAAGUCCGUCUUCGUCAAUCCACCGCUCGUCUCCACACACCACCGCCGCAUCACCAUGUCCACUACAAACCACAGCCAAUCCUCGCAACCCAAUUCUUCAUCCUCAAUCUCAGCCAACAAAACCCGCCAAUACACGCACCUGCACGCGCAACUCGCCCAGCUCAAUGCGCACCUCGCAGACACGGAAAGUCUGGUAAGAGUGACGGCGGCGCAGGCGCAGCAUAUGCGGUUUCUUGGUGGGUAUGUGGGGGGGUUGUUUAUGGGGAGUGCACGGGUUUUGGGGGAGGAGAGCGUUACUGGGCGCGGGAAGGGUGCGUAG